AUGACUACUUUCUUACAUCCACAGAACAAAGAAUCGGUCGAAUCGACUGCAUCAAAGAAGAUAUGUAACAGGACAUCUCUUCAAUCACAACAUCUACAAAGGCUGGCAGUGGAAGAAAAAAAUGAAAGCGGCGUAACUCCAAUGAGCGGUGUAUAUGCUGCGAAUAAUUUACGAUUGACGAAAGACGUACAUACGGAAUUUAACUAUCAACAAUUUACUGGAAUAUCUACGGAAUCAAGACGUACCAACGAACGACGUACUGCAUACGGAAUUUAA